AUGUUGAUUUAUGAGAACAAACUUGUUCUCGCACCCAUGGUGCGUAUCGGAACUUUACCAAUGCGAAUAUUGGCUCUUCGUUAUGGGGCCGAUAUAGUUUAUUCUGAAGAACUAAUUGAUUGGAAAUUUUUGCGAUCAAGGAGAAAAUAUAACGAAAUAUUAAAAACAAUUGAUUACAUUGAUCAGACUGAUGGCACCAUUGUGUUUCGCACGAAUGAAGAAGAACAUGGAAAAGUGGUGCUUCAACUUGGGACCUGUGAUUCUGAAAGAGCUCUUAAAGUGGCCAAAAUGAUAGAAAAUGACGUAGCUGGUAUAGAUAUUAAUAUGGGUUGUCCUAAAGAGUUUUCUAUUAAAGGUGGAAUGGGCGUUGCACUACUGGAACAACCAGACAAGGCUUUUAAAAUUUUAAAUACACUUGUUAAAAAUUUGUCAAUACCAGUGACAUGUAAAAUAAGAAUACUUGACACACCUGAGGCCACACUAAGACUUGUCGAGAAAUUGGUCAGUUCAGGAAUUAGAGCCAUCACUAUUCAUGGAAGAACUAGACAUGAGAGACCACAACAUCCUGUAAACACAGACACUAUUAAAUAUGUUGCAUCCAGAAUAUCUAUACCAGUCAUAGCAAACGGUGGUUCUAAAGAAAUUGAAAAGUAUAGUGAUAUAUUUAAGUUCAAGGAAAUGACAGGUUCCUCCAGCGUUAUGAUUGCUAGAGCUGCAGAAUGGAAUUGUUCCAUAUUUAGAAAGGAAGGUUUAUUGCCAAUGGAUACAGUGAUUACAGAAUAUUUGAAGCUUGCUGUAGAUUUUGAUAAUUCACCAUCAAACACAAAAUACUGUGUUCAAAACGUUCUUAGAGAACUACAAGAUACGCCCAGAGGGAGAAAGUUUUUAGACUGCCAAACCCUUGAACAAAUCUGUGCAAUUUGGGAGUUAAAUGAUUACUGUAGAGAAAAGCAAAAAUUGUAUCAAACUUUGGGCAUAAGUGGUAGAUGGCAAGUAAAUCCUGAUGAAUUACAGCCUCCAAAUAAAAGAUUUAAACCAGAGGAUGAUCUAACUGAAGUGGAAGAAAUGAAGGUAUGCUUUAUAAGGGCUAAUUAUACACACUUAACAUUACCAAAGACCGAGCUUCACAGUUGGGCUGGAAAAAAUGGUUACAAGUUACCAAUAUAUGAAACGAAACAAGUUGAAAAGCUAUUUCGAACAUUAUUAACAUUUAAUGGCAAAAAAUAUACAUCUUCUUUUUGGGAAAAGAACAAGAAGUUUGCAGAACAGGGUGCUGCCUUAGUCUGUUUAUAUAAUUUGGGACUUAAAACUAAAGAAGAUUUGGUAGCGCUUGGAAGCGUAAUAAAAUGA